ACACACCAUCCGACGCGAUCACAUCUGUAGCCCCGCCAAAAAGGAGGACAAGUGGCCUGAAUUACUCUUGAGGCACUUCACAUCAAUCAGCAUGGUCAUGGCGAGUUCGAGAUAAAUUAUGGUUACUAGUGGUUCCUGACAAGCACAGGCAUCCGGGUACUUUAUGGUAGCAUAGAAUCGUGAAGAGAUCAGAAGAAAAGAGAUGAGCACGAAUCAUGCGCAAAAGGGGCAUCGAACGUGUACUCGAUAGCUCGACCAAAAGUGCCAAUGACCACCAUGGAAAAGAGAAGAAACAUGAAGGAAAAGGCUCUAAAUUCUUCUGCAAAAGGAGGAUCAAAAUGAUGCCAUCUUGUCCAAAAGAAAACAAAGCAAAUAAUAGAAUGAAAUUGUUGCCACCAAGUGACUCAAAAAGGUAGAUUGCAUAAAGGACAGACAUUCAAAGAUAAACUGGAAAGUAGAUUCCAUUGCCUCCUUGCUUUCUUCUCUCACUUCUAUAAUCUGCUUCCCAGAGAAUCAGAGAGCCAAGAACCAAAAUGAAGCCACUGAAGAGACUCCAUCUCCUCGUAGUUCUGAUACUGUACUACUUUCUUUACCUUUGCAUGGCUGAACAAGCGCCCAGAACUCUCUGCGGCAAAACCCACAUCGACCAGCCUUUCUCGAACUUGAAUUCGACCGAGGCAUCUCCAUUGAGCAGGAUGAUCCUCUGCAGGUCUCAGAAGCCAUACUUGAGAACAUCUCUCGGUCUUUUCGCGAUUUCCUCCAUUGACUACACCAACAGGCUACUGACCAUCUCGCACCAACCGUCUUGUUCAUCUCAAGCCCAUUUCUUCUUUCCUUCACUUCUCACCGCCGGUUUUCCCUUGCCUCCGCACCCAAACUCGCUCCUCCUACUCGACUGCAGCGAUACAAGACUCACCAUGAUGUCGACUCCUAUCCAUAAUUGCACCGAUUUUCAUACAUGUCAAGUUCUUCCAGAAACUCCAGGGCAAUCCCACAAACCUCUUGAUUCAUGCUUGCUUGUUCAUGAUCUCGAAAAGCUUGAGAAUGGUAUUGAUCCUAAGGCCCUGAACUGCUCCGGGUCCAGAUGGGUAUACAAGAAAAAUGCUACUAAGAAUGGAACUGAGUUGGAGGACUACAAAGGGUAUGAGCUCGGGACGAGGAUUUCAUUCGACAUUCCAGAUCAUGCACCGAACCUCUGCAACGAGUGCGAAAGGCCUAACGGAAACUGUGGUGUGGGAUUGAGGUGCAUUUGUCAUCCGAAGGAGUGCAGGGAUAGGGUCAUAUCAGGAGGAGGAGGAGGAGCAUCAUUCAGGUCCUUUGGUUGUACCCUCUUCUGUUUCCUUGCUCUCCACUUGGUUCUAUUCAUUUGAGAAUCUGUUGGUGCACUAGUAAUGAACAGGCCAAAGAUUGGGCGACCGAAUGGCCCUUGCUCUCCCGGUCCAACUUGGACAUGCCCGUGAAACGUUUCACAAUCUUUAUGGCACCCUUAAUUCGAUCCCUCAGAUUUCCAAACUCAAGUUCAGGCUCCA